AUGGCAUCGAAAAGCGUGACCAAUCUACUCUCUAAAGCCGCAAGACCAGCGUCUCGCCUCCAACUUCCCGCAAGCCACCGUCUCCUGUCAACAACUCCCAUUCAGAACCAAGCCCAAACCCUUCUCCAGGACAAAGAAAAUGGCUUCGGCUUCAUCCGCCACAACCCUCGCACACCGAAACCUCGCGACAAAGGCGUCACCGAGAUCCGCGGGCCGUACUACUCCGCAUAUGGCAAGCGGCACUUACAAGACGUCCUUGAGACAAUGGGUUACCACGUCGACGGCCUCAAGUUUGCGGGCGGGAGUUUCUCGAUGAUGCCCGAGUCCGCGGUGCGUGAGCUCGUCGACCUAGCGCAUCAAUACGACGUUUAUGUGAGUACCGGCGGGUGGAUGGAGCAUAUCCUCACACAACCGGACGCCCACAGCGCGGUGGACAAGUACCUCAGGAAGUGCAAGGACAUCGGGUUCGACGUGAUCGAGCUGUCAUCUGGGUUUCUGUCCUUCCCACCGGACGACUGGCUACGGCUGGUCGACAAGGUGCACAGCAUGGGCCUCAAGGCCAAGCCGGAACUGGGCAUUCAGUUCGGCGCGGGUGGUGACACGGCGGCGGAGGACCUGGAAGCCGCAGGCACGUCGGACCCAAGCAAAGUGGUCAAUCUGGGGAAGAAGUUUAUCGAGGCGGGUGUGGAACGUAUGAUGAUCGAGAGCGAGGGUAUUACAGAGAACGUCAAGAGCUGGCGUACCGAUGUUAUCCAGGCGAUCCUCAGGGAUCUGCCUCAGGAGAAAGUGAUGUUUGAAGCCGCGGAUCCGCCCGUUUUCAACUGGUAUGUUCGCGAGUUCGGGAUUGAUGUCAAUCUUUUUGUGGAUCACUCGCAGAUUGUGCAGUUGACGUGCCUGAGGAGCGGAAUAUGGGGAAUGGCCGAUACCUUUGGGAAGAUUGUCAGCUAUCGGAAAUGA